AUGGCUGUGUUUUACAACAAAGUAGACAUCAAGGUUUUCCAAUAUUAUGAGGGCUCAGUGACAUAUUUCUACCCCUGCCCAUGUGGGGAUAACUUCUCCAUCAUUAAGGAUCAGUUUCUGUGUGGAAAAACAGUCCCAGCCCCAUCAAGCAUCCAAGAAUUAGUUACAUGCUAAUGAAGCCUUCAAGAGGGCAAGGCCUCAACAUUUGGAAAGCCAAGAUGGAGAUACAAAUGUAAUUUCUGGCUUCUUGACGGGGACAGACAAGCAUUUUGUGGUUUCCUAUUUAUUAGUCUGUGGAUUUUUUCCAUAGCUGCUGAACUCAUCUUCAAAUAAAGAGGCAAGGCUACAAUAUGACAUGCCUGGGUUUCUUGCUUAGAACUGUGAAUUGAAAGUACUCCUUAUUAUUCGUCUGGAUUUCAAGGAAGAUAAUUUCUAAUCAGUACUUUUUCUCCCUCCAUUUAAUCAUUUUUAUAUCUUAAGCCUUAAUUGAGAAUCUGAUAGCAGCAUCAACUUCAUUAGCAUUCGCUAAUA